AUGGCAUCUGUACACACGUUGUUUUGAUGUAAGAAUUAUCUCUAAAGAAUGUGUUAUCGAUGGAGCCACCUUGCUGAGGUGAAGAUCCUGCAGACUGGGCUGGGGGCACCUGACGAGGUACAGACAGUCCGAUGCCAGUGUACCAGGGCCUUCAUAAGUGAUUCCAGGCUGUAUAAGCAAGGUCUGUGGACAGAGUCAGUCUCAGAAACAGAUGAAGAUGAUGAGGAUGGGGACAGUGUUAUGGACAGACCAUCAGAACCUGCUGCAGGUGUUGAUUCAACAGAUCUGGCCUCCACCCACACAGAGAAGCAUGACAUCGACACUGUUUCAGAUGAGUUCGAGAAGAUGGCUACAACUGAGGAGAGGAUAAGUCAAGAAUUAAUAAAUGAGGAGGAACAGGAUGGCCUGGAGGAAGAGUGUCCUUACGAUAAUGAGGAGCUGUUGAUGAUGCAGCAGAUGGGCUUACCUGCCAGUUUUGGAUCACAGAAAUCAAAAAAGAAAGCCCAGACAGUGGUAUAUACAACUGAAAAAACAUCUUCCAAAAAAAAACGAAAAAAGGCAAAGAAAUCAAAACACAAACAAUCAAAAGAUGAUCCACCAGUCGAUACAGAGCAGUUUACACAAGAAAUCAACUCCAGUGAUGGAACCUUUGCUCAACAAAUGAUGUCUGAUACGAAUUUCGAUUCCGCCUGCACUGACGCGGAACCAACACAGGACCUGGAGACAGCAUGGCAGGAGUUCUGGACAAAGUAUGGCGAGAUGGUCGUGUGGCAGGGCUGGGUGUCGAAGUAUCCGGACCAUGUUGACUACGACAAGCUCACUGUGAUGCCCUCAGUGGUGGAGGUGGAGGUAGGAGCUGGGGACGAACUGGUGCUGGACGAGGAGGGCAGCUGGACUGUCAGGGCAAGGGGGGAGGGGCAGGGGGAUAGGGAUGCAGAAGGGGAGGGGCAGGAGGGUAUAGAUGCAGGACAGAAGGGGCAGGGGUAUAUAGAUGCAGUGGGAAAGGGGGACAUCGAUGCAGAAAGGAAGGGGGAGGGACAGGGGGACCCAGAUGCUGUAGGGGACAUGGUGGGGAAGGGGUUAGGAUCUGAUGGUGAGAGCAUGCAGCAUGAUAAAAAUGGUGAAGGACAUAAUUCGGGAGGUUUAGAGGUAAAACGUUUUCCAGAACCUCUUGUGACAGAUGUUACGAAGCCUGAAUGUUCUGAUGGCAGGGUUACUGGGACUAAAUUACAUUCUGUUGAUGAUGGUGCUGAUGUGUGUGGGAAAGCUGGUGAAAGAAUAGUAGCAAAUAGUCAUCUGAGACAUUCAACUAUGCCCUCAGGUGGUGUGGAUUGUGUUGUUUCCGGGGAAAGUUCUGAAACAGUGGAGCAAGAGCAGGAUAAUAUUUCUCAGAGGAUUAGUGAUAAUUUUGUGUUGUUCAACCAGGCUAUUGAAAGCACAAUGAAAUGUCGUAGUGAACAACAUCAGGCUGAAAAACUAACAGUAGAUGAAGCUGGUGCACUCUCAGGAAGUGCUGAAGUUGUUCAGAUGAUGCAUAGUUAUGCAUGUCCCCAACCGAUCGCAGAGCCUGACACAGGUGAAACUGACCAAUCAGAGGUCAGGAAGAAAGAUGGUGGGGAGGAAGUCAUGGAGGCGGAGGUGAACAGUGACAAAAUGUGGACUGAUCUAUGGGAGGAACAUUACACUGAGAUCUAUUGGUAUCACUACAACAGGUUUGCCUCAUGGUUCACAGAGAGUCUAGAGAACUACCAUGCACUGAAAGACAAAGCUAAUUCUGAAAACGUCACAAUAGCAGAAGGUGUCAUACAAGUCAACCCUGAUUCAUCAGUGGAAGUUAUGCAAUCAGAAUCUUCUGAACCUUUGUGUCCCUGUCCUGACGGUAGUCUAGAAGCUGAAGGAGGUGCUGUCAUUGUUAAUGAUGAGGUAGAUGAAGAUCAGACUGGUUGUGAUGAAAGCAACUCUUUGAUUUCCUGUAAGGCUGGCUGUGAUGCCGAGCAGUAUGGUGAUCAGCAGCAGGAUUUGCCAUGUCCAAAACUUGAAGAGACAAGUUUAAGUCUUGAAGAUGACAAAGGUGUUGCAAGUACACCUAAUGGUGAUAGUGGCCUCUUGUUGCCUCCUCCAUAUCCUGUUGGGCAGGACAGACCUGAUGAAGAUGCUGAGCAUCAGUCGAUGCCUCCUCCACAUCCUAUUGGGCAGGACAGACCUGAUGGAGAUGUUGAGCAUCAGUUGAUGCCUCCUCCACAUGCUAUUGGGCAGGUCAGACCUGAUGGAGAUGUUGAGCAUCAGUUGAUGCCUCCUCCACAUGCUAUUGGGCAGGUCAGACCUGAUGGAGAUGCUGAUGCUGAACCAUGUGAUGGGAGUGGGGCUGGAAAGAGAAGGCGCAAAACGAGUGGUUCAAAGAACAGCCAAUCAAGUCAUUGUCAAGGCACAGGGGAGAGAACUUCCACCGAUAAGCCGUCCCAGUCGGAAGAUGAUGGUGAAGAACCUCCCGAGGAGAUUCCUAACAAACUUCCCAGAGGUCAUGAAAUAGAUGGCAGUCCAAAGAAAAAGAAGACAGUUCGGGAAAGCCUGGAGUCUUUUGGUUACAAACUGUCUGCUGAGGAGAGUGAUUCUCUGCCUAGAAUCAAGGAUGGACAUGUAACAUAUAAGGAAGCUAAGGUUUUGAGUCAGACUCGAAACCUAAAUCUUGGUCAGAAGCCUGUCCACAUCAAGUUUGAUGAUGAUGGCAAACAAGGUGAGAGCAAAGCUCUGAGGAAAGUCAAGUCCUUCCUGCACAAACGCUUGAAAGCCUCACAGGAAACAGAUGAGGUUCUGGAGGAGCAUCUGGUUCUGGAGGAGCAUCUGGUUCCGGCAGCCAGUGCUGAAGACAAGGGUGUGGACUUGGAGGAUUCCGAUUCUGAGCAGCAGAAAGAUGCAUCUGUUGCUUUGAAGGAAGAGAAACAGAUUGAUGAUGUUGAAGCUGCUUCUAAGGUAACGGACACUUGGGAUAAGGUUGUAUCAAAAUCAAAGUCUAAGAAGAAGAAAAAGAAGAAGCAGAAGCGUCCCAGUAUUCCCAUGCCUGAAGAUGUUGCAUCAGAUGAGGAGCUGAAGAAAUACUGGUUUCAGAGAUACAGGCUGUUCUCCAAGUUCGAUGAGGGCAUUAAGCUGGAUAGAGAGAGCUGGUUCUCCGUGACGCCAGAGAAGAUUGCAGAACACAUUGCAGAGAGAUGCCAGAGUGACACCAUCGUAGACGCCUUCUGCGGUGCCGGGGGGAACGCCAUACAGUUUGCCUUCUUCUGUGAGAGGGUAAUCGCUGUUGAUAUAGACCCGGUGAAGUUGGAGCUAGCCCGCCACAAUGCUGGGGUGUAUGGUGUUUCAGACAGGAUCGAGUUCAUCCUGGGGGACUACCUCCUCGUGGCCCCCACCCUCAAGGCUGACGUGGUCUUCCUGUCCCCGCCCUGGGGAGGGCCAGAUUACCUGGGGGCAGAGGUGUAUGACCUCGAGACCAUGAUAGAACUCAAGACUUCCAGGAUAUUUGAAGUGACGAGGAAAAUCACCGAGAACAUAGCGUUUUUUGUGCCAAGAAAUGCCAAUGUUGAACAGCUGACGGCACUCGCAGGUCCGGGAAAGUGUGUCGAGAUUGAACAAAACAUCCUCAACACUAAGCUCAAGACCAUCACUGCCUACUAUGGGGAGCUCAUUCUAGACGGAGAAGAUUCAUGACAGAUGCUGACUGACCGACAUGUGAAACUUUUGAAAAAUCUACUUCUGACAAUUAAUAUUUCCUAAAGUAAUAGUCUCCAUUGUGGUGGAGGGUGGUGGGGUAGCCUCGUGGUUGAAGUGCACAGUUGUAAUGCUGGAGCCACUAUAUGUGAGGCCUAUGAUAGGUGAUACUGGCAUGGGUUUCUCUUUCCAUGUUAGUUUGGUAAUAUUCAAGUCAUGGUGGUGAGGUUACGACAUUCAUGACCAUCCCUGCUUCACAGGGGGACAUGUAUAUGAAAGGGACAGAGUCGUGACCUGAGGCGAUUGUCACAGCUCAUCGACUUCUCAAACAAUCAUGGGAGAAUUCAUUGUAGCUGUGAUCAUUCAGAGAUUGAGAUGUCACGACCACUGACCAGGACCAUCAAACAGGACCAUCAACCAGGAACAUAGUCCAGGAACAUCGUCCAGGAACAUAGUCCAGGAACAUCGUCCAGGAACAUCGUCCAGGAACAUCGUCCAGGAACAUCGUCCAGGAACAUCGUCCAGGAUGAAAAUGCAACACACAAAUUAACAGCUACAUGGAAAACAUCAAGCAACCAUAUUUCAGAAAAAUGCUUCCUUUUAAGCAUACAUAGUUGUUGGGAUGAAUUGAAUAUGAAUUCUGAUUUUGGAACUGGACUUUUAUUUCACUAUUCGAAAUCAUAUUCCAAAGGCUGAUGAAGUCAUUCAUUUUUAUACUGAGGAAUGGAGGCGCCCUUUCAGUCGCCCCAAGUCUGUGUCAAACGUUGCAUCUCGUAUGAUCUUGGGGUCAAUUCACAGAUUCUCCCUCCUGGGCCCAGUUGCACAAAGCAAUCUUAGCACAACGACUAUUGUAAGCUUAUGUUAAAGUAUGGGAGUUACAUUCAUCUUAGCGCUAAGAUUGCUGUGUGCAAGUGGGCCCCGAGUCCAGAUGUAGAGCCUCUCAGGGCCUCAGAUCUCCAUGUGAAUGGGAUAUCUCACUUAUCUGGACCCAUGUGUGUAUUGGGUGGCUCAGCCCGGACCGCAAAACCCACACAUGCAUUGGCUGGGCCAUACUGGGAAGAAAGUUGUGCUGUCUUUUACACAGUUUAUUUAAAAACGGCCUCAAGAGCUACAUGUGUAUCGGAUGGCUUGUAUCAUCCAGAUCUCCGUGUGGUAGAUUUUUACUGAUUUUCUUAUCUCAUAUUUCACACAGAAUUGAUGUACAUUGUGUAUAAUUUUUAUCACGUUUAUACUUUUUCUAGCUUAAUGGCAAAGAACCAUCAAAUUUUUAUGGUCAACACACUUGAUGAACAUUCCACAUGGUAAUGUUGACCAUGCAGGGGGUGGGGAAAAAAGAGUCGGAUAUCAAGUAACAGCAACACAUAACUGUAUGAAUCAUUUUAUUAUCAUUAAAUGUACAUUAUGUGUAGGAUUUGUUCUGUCAAUGUCUUGUACACAUAUAGCACCAUGUAUUUAACUGGUCUUAAACAGUACAGUGCUUGACCAUGACAUUUCCAGACAUUGCACUCCUGCUUUGACUCUUGUCUAAAGUGCCUGCCUUCUGGCACAGAAACUCAUGAGGCCAGUCAAAUCUACGUUCUAAUUCUUUGGACAG